AUGGUGACGGUGGACUGCCCGAUGCGGUUCCAGGCUUACCCGUUCGAUGUCCAGAACUGCUCCCUGGCAAUGACCUCGUACGAAUACAACCACGAGGAGCUGUCUCUGUUCUGGCUGGCCGAGGGCGUCAGCUACUCCCACCAGCUGAUGGACCAGCUGCCCGGUUACGACCUGCUCGUGCUGCCCGAGGUCGUCACCACCCACAACUGGUGCCACGACUGCAUCCUGGAGCCAGCCUCGGCCGUGCAGAGUGGCAUCCUCCUGUCGCGUAGGUACAGCGCCCACCUGCUCAACGUGUACAUUCCCUCGGCGCUGUUCGUGGUCGUGGCCUGGGCGUCGUUCUUCUGGCCGCCUGAGGUCGUUCCGGGUCGCACGGUCUUGGUCAUCACGUCGCUGCUCACCGUCGUGUCCAUGUACGCCGCCGUCAGCCCCCACACGGACUACGUGAAGGCAAUCGACAUCUGGUUCUUCGUGUGCAUCCUUUUCAAUGUGCUCGUCUUGCUUCAGUUUGCAACACUGAUCACGUAA